CUUGGUGCUUCUGCUGUUGCGGCGCAGAAGCUUCACUGGGCGCUUGCCGAUUACCCUACCAAACGACAAAGCACAUUCUUCAACCUGGCUCUCGACGUCGGCGCGCCGGGAGCGGUGGCUUCCCCAAUGGCUCAGCCAAAUGCCGAGCCCGUGGAGGACUACGAUUAUGAAUCGCUCCCGCCCAACUUCUCGUUACUGCAGAACAUGACUGCCGGCGCUUUCGCCGGUAUUGCCGAGCACUGCGCAAUGUACCCUAUCGAUGCGAUCAAGACACGAAUGCAAAUAAUCAACCCCACCUCCUCGACCGUCGGGAGUGGAGUGAUCCAGGCCACGUACCGGAUGGCGAGCACUGAGGGCAUCUUGAGUCUCUGGCGUGGCAUGUCCAGCGUGAUCGUCGGGGCGGGCCCUGCGCACGCGGUCUACUUCGCGACCUACGAGGCGGUCAAGCACGUCAUGGGCGGCAACCAAGCUGGUGUCCACCAUCCCCUGGCUGCCGCAACGAGCGGAGCAUGCGCGACAAUCGCCAGCGAUGCGCUGAUGAACCCCUUUGACGUCAUCAAGCAAAGAAUGCAAAUUCAGAACUCGGCAAAGAUGUACCGCUCCAUGUUCGACUGCGCCAAAUACGUGUACAGGAAAGAAGGGCUCGCGGCCUUCUACGUCUCGUACCCGACGACGCUCUCCAUGACGGUCCCCUUCACCGCCCUCCAGUUCCUCGCCUACGAGUCCAUCUCGACCUCAAUGAACCCCACCAAGAAGUACGAUCCCCUGACGCACUGUCUGGCGGGUGCGGUGGCGGGCGGUUUCGCUGCGGCGCUCACGACGCCCAUGGACGUGAUCAAGACCAUGCUGCAAACCCGGGGCAGCGCGACGGACCCGGAGCUGAGGACGGUUAACGGAUUCAUGGCCGGCUGCCGGCUAUUAUACCAGAGGGAGGGCGCCCGCGGCUUCUUCAAGGGUGUGAAGCCGAGGGUGCUGACGACUAUGCCAAGUACGGCUAUUUGCUGGUCUGCCUAUGAGGCGUCGAAGGCCUACUUCAUCCACCACAACAACACCAAUGCGUCAUGAUUCCCUGAAAAAGUAACGGCGCAUUCAAAACAAAGGUUAGCCGCCCUUCUUAACACUCACCACUGCAUUCAAAAAGACCGGUAUUGACAGCUCCAGUCAUCUUGCAACCAGGAUAGGUUGGUCCAUCUACAAAGGGGUACAAGACAGAAUAAUGCUUGUGGCUUCAGCCAACAGCCAGCAAGGGGCCACGACACCGGCUUCCAGCUCUCAAGCGCAUGGCCCGUCAAAGGGGGAGUGGGCCAGUUGUGCUGCGACGCCAGCACCGUGUACAUAAAUCUUUCGUCAUAUCGGCUG